CUCUCUCAUUCGGCCAGUGGCGACCGCGGCGUGAUGGCGUGUCUUAGUUUAUUACGGACUAGUGGUUUAUUUUUAUUGUUAUUCUUAAUAACAAACGCCUACGCGGUGUUCCAACCAUGGAUAUUUGCAGUGAGUGUGAACAAAAGCAGUUGUGCCGAAGAAAAAUGUGUUUUAAAGUUGAAUUUGGAAGUUUCGAACGUGGAUUCGUGGUCGUUAACCCGGGAGCCGGCGGUUCGCGGUGCGCUGUGCAAUCCUACAAUCACCAAGGAUGUUUUAGAUACUGAAUUAAUUGUUCAGAAGAAUGAUAGAAUGUUUUUCUGUGCCAAAGUCGGCGAGCAGUGGCUUCACCAAGGAGUUGAUUUAUAUUUGGACGGUGACGUCAUAGGAAUCAGCAAGCAGCUGGAAAACUUGGAACUCCUGGAUGACGUCACCGACGUCGACAACAACGUCAGUGACGUCGACAAUGACGUGAACGGUCUGCGGGACGACAUGGACGUCAACAGGAACCGUGACGUCGUCAGCGACGUCAUGGUUGAGACCUGGGCUUAUCUGCCGAAUAGGCUGGUGGAUAUCAGUACGGUAUCAGAACCGAGCAAUGAAGUCAACUCUGAAUGGGGAGAAUUCCAAGACACAGAAACCGAAACCCUUUCAAGACCUAAACGUGAAACAGGAAACUCUACGGUCACCCCUUCAGACACCAGUCUCGGCCCUAAAAAUGUCAACGUUAUAAAUAAUAUCAAACUAGUAGGUUUUAGAAUUGAAGAGUCAGAGAAAGAACCGAAGAUUGUGGAUGAGAUGAUACCUAGUGUGUUGAGGAAUACUCAGUUUCAACUGAGGCUGUUUGGAGAGAAUUUUGUUAAAGGAAUGGAAAUUGCGUUUACACAUACGAAGUCGGCGUAUGGAGACGAGUGCGUGCAUUUAUUGGAUGAGUUAUAUAACGUAGAAGUGGACUCCGAAGAAAACGCUUUCAUAUCCCUGAAAGCACCUUACCCCGCAGACACGCCCGAAGGCUACAAAUUCUACUUCUGCAUCAGAGACUCCCCCUCACGCCCCUUCAAGCACCAAGGAACCGACACUUGGAAGAUACUUGGAACCCACCACAAAUUAUUACCUCUAUGGGCUUCUAUCAUCUUAAUUAUCAUCCUGCUAUUACUAGCUUCACUCUUCUCUGGAUUGAAUUUAGGUCUGAUGGCUUUAGACAGAACAGAGUUGAAAAUCAUAGCGAAUACAGGAACAGAGAAGGAAAGGAAAUACGCAAGAGCUAUCAUGCCUGUCCGAGCGCAUGGGAACUAUCUCCUGUGCACGAUUUUGCUGAGUAACGUGGCUGUGAACAGCACUUUUACCGUGAUUCUUGAUGACUUGACGUCUGGGUUGGUGGCUGUGAUAGGAUCUACGUUGGCUAUUGUGUUUAUAGCUGAAAUUACGCCGCAGGCUGUUUGCGCCAGGCAUGGAUUGUUUGUUGGUGCUAAGAGUAUUUGGAUUAUGAAGAUCGUGAUGGGUAUUUGUGCCCCAUUGGCGUGGCCGACGAGUAAGCUCUUGGACUACUUCCUAGGCGAAGAGAUAGGCACACAUUACAACAGGGAACGGCUAAAGGAGUUGGUCAAGGUGACCAAUCACGUGAAUGACCUGGACAAGGAGGAGGUGAACAUCAUCUCCGGCGCCCUGGACCUGAGGAAGAAGAAGGUGCAGGACGUGAUGACCAAGCUGGAUGACUGCUUCAUGUUACCCAUUACCAGUGUGCUGGACUUUGAGACUAUGUCCGAGAUUGUCAAGUCAGGCUACUCCCGCAUACCCGUGUACGAAGGCCACCGCGGCAACAUCGUGACGGUGCUCUUCAUCAAGGACCUGGCCUUCGUGGACCCCGACGACAACACGCCGCUGCGGACCCUCGCCCAGUACUACCAGAACCCCUGCAACUUCGUCUUUGAGGAUGUCACGCUCGAUGUUAUGUUGAAACAGUUUAAGGAAGGACACAAGGGUCACAUGGCGUUCGUUCAACGCAUCGACCGUUCCGGCGACGGCGACCCGGUCUACCAGACCGUCGGACUGGUGACCCUUGAAGACGUCAUCGAGGAGAUGAUCCAAGCGGAGAUCGUCGAUGAGAGUGACGUAAUCACUGACAACCGCACCAAGAAGCGUCUGGCUCGCCCGUUGAACCGCUUCCAAGACCUGGCGGCCUUCGCGGGCCACCAGCCUCACCGCGUCCACGUGUCUCCUCAACUGGUGCUGGCUACCUUCCAGUUCCUCUCCACUAGUGUGGAUCCCUUCCGUCCAGAGAUGAUCUCGGAGACAGUGCUUAGAAGACUGCUGAAGCAGGAUGUGGUGAAGCAUAUCAAGUUGCGAGGAGAUGAGGACAGGAACGAUCCGAAGGCCUACGUCUUCCAAGAGGGCAGGCCGGUGGACUACUUCGUGUUGAUCUUGGAAGGCCGCGUGGAGGUGACGGUGGGACGAGAAAACCUCGUGUUCGAAGCUGGGCCUUUCACUUACUUCGGUAUCCAGGCGCUGACGCAGAACAUCGGAGUCGCUGAGCCCCAAUCCCCGUCGGCGCUGGGUUCUCUCCAGAACCUGAACAUGGACAGCAUGUUGCGUCACACGUUCGUUCCUGACUACUCGGUCCGAGCUAUAGCUGACGUGUACUAUCUGACCAUCAAACGCUCGAUGUACCUGGCAGCGAAGCGCGCUACGCUGAUGGAAAAGGGCGCGCUCACGAAGGGCAACACCAACGAACAGAUCGAGCCAGAAGUUGACAAGUUACUUCGUGACGAGGGCAGAAACGAGUCUCUCAGGGAAACGGACACACCACCUCAACCUCAGGAGCCCUCAUCAGCCAGCCCCGCGACCUCCAACCAGAAGGAAAACCCAGAGGAGGAGGCUCUACUCAAGAAAUAGACGUCGCGGCCGACCUCAAUGUAACCAGCAGAAAUACUAGCUCAGAUUUAAUACCUGUAGCGACCGUGUUGGACGCUCUGCCAUCUCGUGACCUGAAUCGAAAGCUAAAACAAUUCCCUCUUCUAAGCAGGUGCUGCCCCCUACACUUCACGCUGGCUCUAUUUCGCAUAGUAGGGUCUGCCAUCUAGUGGCUUAAAUCCUAAAUAUGGAAACAUUAAAUAAUGCUCCGCGCCAAUGAAUAGGGGGCGUCUGUGCUGCCCUCUACAGUUCAUGCACGCUACUUAUAAAACUAGUGGCUAUGUGUGCUGUAGACCUCAUAGCUUAAAACUAAAUAAUUGUAUGGCACCGCCAUUUUGAGACAUUUCCAAAAACGGAAUCGGGUAAAAAUUAACGGACAAAAUUUUUCGAAACUCAGUUGAGAAUUACGACCUGUAAAGAAAAACAUCAGGACGUAUAUAAUCAUUUAUGCCCAACCUGAAAAGGAGACCUUCGCUAACGCUCAGUCAAUCAAUAUAAUUAUUUUAAUUGGUAUCUUAAAAUUGGACGAACAAAAUGAUUUUUUUACUACAUGAUUUUAUUAAAAUACCGUAAAGUGCGCCUACUUUGCUCCUCACUGACUUAUUGUGCAACGACAUCCAAUAUAAUUAUUUAAAAAAAAAAUUAGCAGUUAAUUUUGGAGUAAGUAGCCACAUUUUACAGCACCGUAUUUGAUUUGUCCAUAAUUACAACAUAUAAAACUUUCGGGUCUAUAAUUAAUAAUGUUUUUUAUUGUUUUUUUACAUUUAAUACGUUAAGACACAGUUUCCACCGGUCGUGGUCGCAGACACGUGUCGCAGCAAAUAAAGUUAUAUAAUCCCAUUGCACUAUUUUAGUUUAUCCAACCAUUUUGGUCACAAGAAAGGGCAAAUUAAAAAAAAAUUCAACAACCUACGCCUAACAAUCAUUAUUUUUUUCUGGUGACGUAAAUUGUUUGUCAGACUAUAAGUAAAAUUGAGGUCGUCGCUAGCAACACUGCUUUAUGACUGGCAACCUUGAAUUGCGUCAAAUAAAGAAAAAAUACUAACACAGCCCUCACUCUGGGUUCACAUACACGAGUAAAGGCUUCUACACACUUCACCGACAAUUGCAUGCGAUUUGCGUUGCACCUACUAAGUCGGCAACUAUUUAAAAUUGCAUGCGCUUUGUUGCAAGGUCUGUAGAGGCCUUAAAAAGGGGCAAUCGACAAAUGUAGAAUGUAGUCUUUAUAGUAUCGAUAAUAGCAUUUGAAAUUCAACAAAAUAGUUUUUAGGUUAGAAUUAUUUUAACUGUACUUACUUUUUUUAAUAUGGCAACACUUUCACAACUCUUUUUCAUUUUGAUUGGUGCAAUUUUCGUUUAGAAAUUAACUAACACAAUUCUAAUAAAUUACUGAACCAAUACAGUAUUUUCAUGGUCGAAUGAAUUUUGCUUGUUUUGAAUUUAAAUAUUUAUUGAAUAUCAUGAAUGAAUUUUUAAUUGUCGUUGAAUUGUUUUAUUGUAUCAUCAAUACAUUUAAUUUUUAUACAUAUUUUAACUUUAUAUCUACUUGCGUAGUUUUUGAAAAUAGGACUUGAAUGAUAUUUGUAUUGAAAUGUGAAUAGUACAAAUGGAAAUUAUGUUUUUAUAAUUAUGUUGAAACCAUACAAAUUAAAUCACGAAAUAUCUGACACUAAUUCCUAAGUUGUUUUAAUAUAUUCGCGUAUUUAUUAGGCACCAUGUCGAAUAUAAAAAUAUAGCUAAGCGCCAAGCGCUAAUCUGCUUUGAAAUGUGUUAAAAUAUGAUGUAAACCCAACAAAUCUUAUGAAACUGCCUUUUAAUUUUAGUAAAGUAACAAUUUUACAUACUGCUUGACAUAGAAUAGAUAUUUUACAAAAUGUUACUUAGUAUUUAUGGGAACAUGAACUUAUUUGAGACAAUCCACACCACCAAGGAAUUUCGUACAUUGAUCUGCCGAUUUCCUAUCGCGUAAUUAUAUUGCUGUCCCGCUCAUGAUGCCGGCGACCAAUGCCACGGUGUGAGGGGGACGGCAAUAUAAUUAUGUGCAUGCGAUAGACUUUAGGUCUAAAUUAAUUACGUUACACUAAAUUCAAUGUAUAAUGUGUUAAUAAUUAAUAGAUUUUUAUUCAUAAUAUUUUAUCAAAAUAUCUUAUAAAAGUUUAAAAAUGUGCUUUUGCCAUACUCUAAAUAAUUAAAAAAAAUGACGCUCAGGUGAGUUUAUGUUCCUUUAAUUAAUAAUAAAUAUUAUAUUUAAUAAAAUACGUCGAAGAAUCGUAAGUGGGUGCAUGUUUUUUAUUUAUUAGAUUUUUACAUUAACCAAUAUUUUGAAAGGGUCCAACGGCGCUUAAUUAUUUUAUAUACGUAAUGUAUUGUAUAUAGAAAGAUCCUAAGUUCCUUUUGAAAUAUUGUUUUAUUUAUAGCUAAAACUUCCAUAAUAGUGCCUUGAUUUAAAACUUGAAAGAUAUAUUGAGAUGAAUUUUGAACCGAAAACUACAUUAUUGUAAGUUGUUGGAUAGGAUGUAUCGUUAAAAUUAUAAAAAGUACUUACGCUAAAGUAGAUGAAACUGUUAUGGUAUAUGGCAAUUUAGCUUAUGAAGGUAAGUAAUAAUGAUAAUGACAGUACUUUUUUGUAUUCUACAAAAAAUGUGGCAUUUAGAGCAUAUUUCUUAAGAGAGAAGUAUAAGUACGUGAUCUGUCAAUAUUUUCCAUUAUCCAUGAUUUUUUUGUACGUUACUGACGCCAUGUAAAACUAAAGCCCGACCAGAAAUAUAUGAUCAUUUUAAAGAGGGCGCUGUUAUUCCCAUGGUGACAGUUAAGUUUAGUAUGAAAAAAAUAAUUCCAAUGAAAUUCCGCAAUAUGGCGCGUGAUCAUAUAUUACUGGUACACAUAUUAUUUUUUCUAAACAAAAAAAAAAUCGAAACCUAGAAUAUAUAAUGCUGAAGCGGGACAUGAAAAUCAAAGUGAUUUGUUAAGAUUUAGUUAGCGGAAACUGUUAACGCUAAAUGUUAACAUAUCACUUUGAUUUUGAUGUCGAUCGCUUCAGCAUAGUAUAUUCUAAGUUCAUAGGUUACGCUUUAAAAAAAAAUGUUCUAUAAAUUUUGAGAAAAACAAGGAAAACCUAUAAACCUAAUUUUUCAUUGUGUCAAUGACAUACUAAAAAAUCAUGGAGAAUGGACAUUUACAAGCGGAAAAACGUUUUCUUAUUUUAUGGACGAUCACAUGGUCUUCUUUCUUAAAUGUCUUCAAACGAUAUUUUAUAAGCGAAAUUUCCAUAUAUUAUGAAUUGUAUGUAGAUGUGUGAUCCGCAAUUAAAAUUAUCCUAAAUAAGGUGCUGAAAUGUUCUAUAUGAAAAUAUAUUAGUUUUUGAAACUUAAA